AUGGUUGGCAUGGAAGCUACUGCAGUCUCCGCAGCAGUAUCUGGAAUGUUGAAGCUUGCGGGCAACAAGUUAGCUCCACUGGUCUUCAAAGAGUACAGCUCUAUAGUGGGUGUGAAAGACGACCUCCGGGAUCUAGCUCAGGAGAUCAAUAUCUGGCUGGAAGAAGCAGGAGACAGAGAUGUUGAUGAUGUUGUGGAUGAGUUUCAACUGAAGGCUGAAAAAUAUGAGGCUGAUAGUGAUGCUGGAUUUGUGUCCAAAUACCUGCACACAAAGCCAAAAGCAUUUAUAUUUCAAUGCCAGGCUGCCAAAAAGAUCAAGAAAAUCAAAAAAACAAUUGAUGUCCUUGUGAAGCAAAGAAGUAUUUUGAAUUCAGUGGUUGGCAACAAUCCUGUUAGCCAUAUAAACAAUACAGCUGUGAGUAAGCAAACACUGCCCUUCGUGGAUGGGGCAAAAAUAAUUGGAAGAGAACAAGUGAUGCACCAAACAAUAUCCAAGCUGCUAGAGACAGAUGACCAACAGAGAAUCAAUAUAGUUUCUAUAGUUGGACUUGGUGGCUCUGGGAAAACUAUCCUAGCUCAGUUGGUUUUCGAUGAUGCAAAAACUAUAAAGAGUCAUUUUACUGUUAGACUAUGGGUUCAUGUGUCUCAGGAAUUUGAUGUCAAAAAACUGAUCAAGAAGCUAUUUGACGCUAUUCCUGAUGAGAAUUCUGAAGGCCUUUCCCUGAUGAAUAUGGCCAGGAAAAUCUUAGACAAGUUGACCAACAAUAGGUUCCUUCUUGUAUUGGAUGAUGUUUGGAAUGAAAACCGUAUUCAAUGGGAAGAAUUCAUGACUUGCCAUCCUUAUGAGGAUUACAGCAGGCAAUUAUUUCAGCAAAGUUUUGGAAAUGAUGUGAAAGAUUUUUACUCUGAAUUUCAAGAAGUUGGGAAAGAGAUUGUGAACAAGUGCGUUGGGGUGCCACUAGCAAUUAAAGUUGUUGCAGGGGUGCUCCGUGUCAAGAAACGAUUAGAACAAUGGCAAGCCAUAAAAGAGAGUAAUUUAUUAGAUGUUGAGGGUAGAGAACAUCAAGUAUCUGCCAGCUUGUGGCUUAGCUAUUUUAAUAUGCCAUCCCAUCUAAAGCAGUGUUUCACAAUAUGUUCAAUUUUUCCUAAAGGUGACUUGAUUGAUAAAGAUCAAUUGAUUGACCAAUGGAUUGCUCAUGAUAUGGUCAUAGAAGAUGUUGUUAAGGACCUAGAAAUUAUUGGCAAUGAUUACUUUAGUCAACUUGUGCAAAUGUACUUUAUACAAGAUGUGAAGGACGGAAAUGAUGAGAAAGUUAAAUAUCCAUUUUGGGUGAUGAGAUUUCACUUGUCAUACCGAACGAAGAAGGCAGUCGAUUUCACAAAGAUCUGCCGGUAUUUUUCGAUAACAGAACACACAAGACAUCUUCCGCCAAAAAAUACAUUUAGAGAGGCACGUGCUAUGUAUAUUGCUGAAGACGAUGAUUUCAUAUUUGGCAAGUCAUUGAAGAAAGCAAAACACUUGCGCAGUAUCACUGUGGAAAAUGUGCAUACAUCAGCACUCACAGCCAUACUACAGACCAAAAAUCUAAGGUACCUUAACAUUUCAAGACUAAAAUAUUUAACACUUCCAGAGGUUAUUUCAGAAAUAUGGAGUCUGCAAGCUCUUCAUGUAACGUCAAGUAGUCUUGUCAAGUUACCUGAAUCCAUUGGUAGGCUGCAGAAGUUGAGAGUGGUUAACUUGUCAUAUUGUUGCCAUCUAACAAGUUUGCCAGAUUCUAUUGGCAACUGUAUCAUGAUUUCUAGCAUAGACCUUUUUGGUUGUGAUAAGUUUGCAACUUUACCAAGCUCUAUCAGCAGGAAUAAAAGGCUAAGAGUACUGAGACUAGGCAAUACCAAACUUGAGAGGCUACCAUCAAGUAUCACGGCACUAGAAAACCUGGAGUGUUUGGACCUUCAUUUGUGUUCUGAGUUGGUAGAGUUGCCUGAAGGCAUAGGGAACUUGAAGAAGCUUGUUGUUCUGAACCUGCAAGGAUGUGGAAAGUUACGAGGAAUUCCAAAAGGGAUUAGUCAGCUUACUCAACUUGAAAAGCUGGGACUAUUUGUUAUGGGGAGGAUGAUGAAAAUUAUGCAAAGAUCUCAGAGCUUGAAAACAUUAAUAAGAUUAGCAGGGAGCUAA